CCUUACCCUCGGGGUCAUCACUCGCUCCCUCAGCCUCGCCACGCCCUCGCUGCUCCACUUCUUCCUGCUCUCUUUUGCCGUCUUCUUCUGCUUCAGCAAUGUACGGUUACCUCGUCUUUGGAGGCGCUCUCGAAAUGUCAAAUCGUCGGAUGCGCCGCAUGCAGUCGUUAAAGCGGCACACACGAGCCAGCCUUCUCCUGCGGCUGUGGCGGCGGCUGCAGGUCCUCACACUUCGGUCGGGGGAACAAACAACCUGCCUCUCCGCCUGACAGCGAGUCGCGGGUGGCGGCGGCAGCACGUGCUGACAGUGAGGGAGAAGCGCAUCGACGCCAUCUCGCUCGCCAUGAUCCUGCAGCGCCGCCACGACAGGGAGCAAGGCGAGCCCCACACGGCUGACAUUAUGUCCAAGUGUUGGUCAAAUGCGAGCGCAAAUGAGGGAGAGGGUGUGGACGAGGAGGGGCUGGAGCAGCUGUCGCAGGCGGUGGUGCUGCAGUGGCGGCGAGGUGGUGAAGCAGUCCGCCCUGCCCGUCAAGAAGCCCGUUCAGAAGCUCAACCUGGCGCACAUCAAGAGCAGGAGGAUUUGGCGUGCAGCCGGGCAGAGGUGAAGGAGCUGAGGGGCAUGAUGGCGGACAUGCAAGCGCUCAUGCUUGACCUCCUCGCCCGCACGCCCCCCACGGGAAGCGCUGCCCACGCAAUAGGUGCUCCCAGGGUGCCGGUCAGCGGCUCCAAGCAUGCGGCGAGCACACACAGAGCCCUCGCCUCUCUGUGCCCUCCUCACGGACUCCCCGCAGCCACUGGAGCAAGCGGGAAGCAGGAGGGACGUGCCACGGAUGUUCAGCCACAGCGGGGCAGGAGGGGGGCAGUGGAGGGGGUGGAGAGAGCGAGGGGCAUACGAGAUAACCUGAGCAUUGCAGGAGGGAGCGCAGGCAGAAGCUUGUUGGCGUCAAAGCAAGGCUCCGAGAGGCGGGUGUCUUUCAAGGAGGGCUCAGUGGCUAAUGGGAAGAGCCCUUUGAGGACAGGGGAGGGUUGCCACCAGCAGGAGCCCCUGCUAAACUCCGAGCAGCUCUGCUUCUUGCCUCUCGCCGUAGUAGCGAUCAUGGCGGAGGCGGUCGCAGUGGUGCGCGCGAAGAAGAAGGCGGAGGCGAAUGGCGAAAGGGACGGGGCGGUGUUAACGCGGUCGGAGAGUUUGCUGGACGAGAAGUUUGACGCGUAUGAGGCGGCCAACUACCGCAUGUGGGCUCGAUCCAAAUCCGACGCCUUUUCCAGGCGCAAGCCUUCGCGCUCUCGCAACCGCAAGAAUCACAGAUUAGAUUUCCUCGAUAGCCACGGAUUCGCGCCGCAAAACGCGGAGCUCAUGACACGUGUCGAAGCAAGCUCGACGUGCAAUCCGUCCGCCGUCUCCGAGGGAUACGAAGACGAGGAGGAGCAGGAUGACGGGAGAUUGGGAGGGGAUUGCGCAGAGAGCGAAGCGGAGAGGUUGGCAGAGGAAGGGAGAGCUGGCGGAGAGGGCGCGGGGAGUGAGGGAGCGCGGGGCAGCAGCGGCAACAGCAGCAGCAACAGCAGCCACGAGAGCACGGCGGGCGACGAGAAGGGGCUCCGCGGCUUCCUGCGGCAGUGCCGCCCGCGGGCCUGGCGGGCAAGCAGCACGCGCUCCGACGAAAGCUGCGCGGAUGGCGCGGAGGGCGCAGAGGGCGUGGAGGGCGCGGAGGUCGGAGAGGGGAAGGCGGCCGCGGCGGGGGCUUUUUUUAAGCGCAGCUUGACGGCGGAGAGCACGACGGGGGAGAGCUUGCCGCGGUCGCCAAGGGACGUGCUGCAGGACGCGGAGAUGGACGAGAUGGACAGAGAGGUGCUGCAAGGUGCGCCCAGGUUCAGAGCGGUGCUUGACUGCGGGGCCUACGCACCGCCUGGCGUUCCGCGCCGUUCUCGUUUCUCCGGCACGCGCCGCUUCUCCGUCGUCGGCGCCGCCUCCACCCUCGAGCUCGUUGCGUGGGGGUCCUGUGCGGUUGAAGAUGACGUGGACGUAUCCAACCAGACGCAGCCAGGUGGCGGCGCUGCUGGUGCUGCGCCUGACAUUUGUCGUGAUACAUGCGAGAGGCUGGUGAUCUGUCUACCAGCCACAUGCGGGCGAGCAUUCACGGAGAGGGAGGUGGCAGGGGCGUUCGUGGACUGUGCGCGCAUGUGCAUCGUCGCACCCUCCUCCAUCACCUCCUACGCCGGCUUUAGCUGCCCCCUGCCGGAUAUCGCAUCAUUAUUUUCCAACACACCAUGCAACGUCUCAGGCUCAGACUCAACGGUUCUUCUGUCUGGCAGCAACCGCCGCAAGGCGCUUUACCGCUUCCACCACUCUCACAGCUACGACCGUUGGCCCGCCUCCACUGCCACUGGCCCCCACGACGCCGAUGCUGUUGAAGUGCGCUCUCUUGCUGCCCCUGCCGCCGCCUCUUCUGCUGCCUCUGCCUCUGCUUCUGCCACAGCAGCACUCGCAGAAGCGUACCCGCAGGAAGCACAGAGAUUUGAAGUGGCAUCAGCACCACCAUCACGAGCAGCAGCAGCAGCAUCACCAUCACCAUCACGAGCAGCAGAUGUGGCAGCGGAAGGCACAGCCGCCACAGACGCAGACCCUGCAGCGCCCUCCCUCUGGUCGCUCCUGGGCGCCACGGACCAACAGCGACUGACAGUCCUGCAAGUGGCAGCAUCGCGCGCUCUCUUCACCAUGGCCAAGGACCGCUGCCUCGCCGGCCACGGGCCCGGAUCAAAGCGCUCGCACACACUGGGAGGGCCGGGCAGCGUGCGGUGGCACAUGGUGGCGUGCCUGUGCACCAUGCUGGGAGGGCCUGUGAUGACGAUGGACGAGUGCCAGCUGUUGAAUGCGGAAGGGAAGCAGGUGGUGACGAUGGGCGACAUGCAUGCGUUCCUCACGUACCGCCAUGGCGGCCACGUGAUCUCCGCGCAGCACAUGGUGCGCUUCGUGCAGACGGUGGCAUCGGCUGUGAGCUCAGUCACGCCCGUGCCGGACGUGGCAGCGGCCAGCCUCAACGCGCUCAUGCACUCCUUCAAUGACGCCGUUGUGUCCUCCGAUGCUGUCGGCUGCUCACAAGGUGGAGCAUGGCUGCAGUGGCGCGCGGGUGUGAAGCACAACACGACCAUCCAUGUGGGCGACAAGGUCACCUGGGUGUGGGAUGACGACCUCCCGCACUCCCUCAAGGUGGCGGGGAUGGGAGAGGUGGACGACCCGCUAUUCCUGGGCUUCGGAGGGCACCGAUUGGCUGUAUCGCGCAAGCUGGCCUGCUCGCCCAUGAACGUGGGCAUCGGGGACGCCUUUGACGAGCCGCUGCCAUGCGUGCUGAAGAUGGACGACGGGUCCCCCGGAUCGUUUGCAUACAGCAAGGUGUUUGAGGAGCCAAUCACCAUCCACUACGAGGACGGCACUCUCUCUGUUGACGACUCCUCCUCCUCCUCUUCCACCUCUGCUGCGUCUCUGCUCACUGUGCUGCCUGCACGAGCAGGAGCUGAGGUUGCUGGCGUUGUGAACGCCACUGAGAGUAGCACUCUCUCGAGCACUGCACGCUUCACUUCCACCAACACCACCACGCCCUCCUCCUCCUCCGUCUCCGCGGCAGUGUACGAGUGCUCGCCAGGGUGUCGCCUGCAGCGGCUGGGCAAUGGGGUGUGCGAUGGGGCGUGCAACACGCCCGCAUGCGCCUUUGACGGCGGCGACUGCGCGUGUGUCGACCCGCUCUUUGGCCCCGGCAUCUGCGCCUGCCCGCCCGGCCACACACGCCGCGACGACGGCUCCUGUUGCCUGUCCACGGCGGUGGGCGCCAAUCUCAACUUCCCCUUCUCACUGCAGCGCUACGGCCCCAACUACACAGAGAGCAACUUCGCCUUUGCUGCUGAGAGGGGUUUUGCUGCCAACCGCCUCGUGUCACACCGUAACCGUCUGUUGAUUGGCUUGGUGCUGCAGCAGGACCGAUGGGGCACGCAGCAGUGCAACGGAUCGGGCCUGCUACACCUGGCGGGGUGGUGCAGCAACGGCACGUCCACGGAGCCGUUUGGAGUGAACCCGCACUUCCUGCCCACGUCGGCCAUCUACGACAGCGCUGCCAGCGCCAACAUGAGCCAGCUUGACAACAACACCCUCAACCCGCAGAACCUCCCCUAUGGAUUCAUCUACCCCGUGGACUCCCUCACGGUGUAUCCGUUGGUGUUUGACAUCAAUCUCGACUACGAGGCGGCCAUGCGUCGUCUGCACUACCUGGUGGAUGGAAGCUAUAUCGACAAUGGCACGCGCACAGUCGACGUCAGCUUCAUAACUUUCAACGGCGAGUCGCUCACUUUUGUGCUGACAACUGUGAAUUGCAAAGUGACAACGGGCGGCAGCAUGGCAGUAACGAUCAAGUCCCAGCCGGCAGCCAUGGCGAUGUACGAUGCAUCGGCGGACAACAUCGCACGGCUGGUGCUGGAGAUGGUGUAUCUGGUGGGGCUGCUCUGGAAUGUUUGUGGCGAGCUGCAGGAGAUGGCCGACCGCGCUGCUAUCGACGGCUCUUGGCUCAGCUACUUUGGCCUUGUGUGGAACUGGGUCGACAUGCUCUCUCUCACACUUCAAGUGGCUGCAGUUGUUAUCUGGGUGGUGCUGUGGCGGUAUGUGGAAUCAUUUGACAUGCAGCCACGAUACGACAUCUACCACUCGCUUCUCGAGAUGCCACGCUACUGGGCCGUGCCCAACCCGCCCACAGGCUUCAUCAGCGCCACUCAGGCCUUCGCUGAUCUGCGCAACAUCAUCAACCUCCGCGGCGUCUACUUUUCCCUCCAAGGCAUCAAUCUCUUCUUCAUGAUGAUUCGCCUACUCAAAGUCAUGGACUUCCAGCCCUAUCUGGGCGUCAUCACUCGCUCCCUCGCCCUCGCCACGCCGUCCCUGAUGCACUUCUUCCUGCUCUCCUUUACGGUCUUCUUCUGCUUCAGCAUGUACGCCUACCUCGUCUUCGGAGGAGCACUUGAGAUGUUCUCCACAGUGCUAGAGUCCAUGUUCUCGUGCUUCUUGCUGCUUCUCAACGACAAUGGGUCGGCCUACUUCUUCCAGCGCAUGGAGUCGUGGGACCUCAUAGCCGCGAUGCUCUUCUUCUUCAUGUUCAUCGUCUUCAUGGUCUUCAUCCUCCUCAACUUCCUCAUCGCCAUCAUCGUCGAUGCCUUCAUGAGCGUCAAGGACAGCAACCUUGUCGCCACCUCUAUAGCCGCUGACCUCGCUCACAUCUUCAAGUACAAGUGGAACUGUUGGCGCGGCCGCUACCUGCCAUAUCCGCUCAUUCUCGACCGCCUCGUGGAGUUGGGCGCAAAGGACACUCGAGUUGACGAGUCGGAUCGUCAGAUGCGUCGCAUGCAGUCAAUGAAGCGGCGAACACGGGCCCUCUUCUCCUGCAGCUGUGCCGGCGCCUGCAAGCCGUCUCACCUCAGUUGCGGGGAGAACCACCCCGCCUUCCCGUCCGCCAGCGAGACUGGGGAGCGGCGGCAGCACGUGCUGACAGUGAGGGAGAAGCGCAUCGACGUCAUCUCACUUGCCAUGAUCCUGCAGCGCCGCCAGGAUAGGGAGGCUGAGCCGCCGCACAAGUGUUGGCUAAGGGCAGGCGCGAGUGAGGAUGCGGAGGAGGAGCGGCUGGAGCAGCUGUCGCAGGCGGUGGUGCUGCAGUGCGGCGAGGUGGUGAAGCAGUCCGCCCUGCCCGUCAAGAAGAGCGUAAAGAAGCUCAGCCUGGCUCACAUCAAGGUGCGCAAGGAAGGGGGUGAGGGGUUGUGUUGUGAAUGCAGUCGAGUGGUGGUGUGUGAGCAACUACAAGCGGAUCUGGCACGCAGCGAGGCGAAGGUGGAGGAGCUGAGUGCCAUGAUGGCGGACAUGCACGCCCUCAUGCGCGACCUCCUCGCCCGCACGCCCCCGCUAAGCACUGCCCACUAA